UUUCCUUUCUCUCUCGCUCUCUCUCUCUCUCUACCAAUUGACAUCUAAUUUUGGAUUUUCUUCAAAGAAGAUGCAAUGAUCCACAUUUCAUAUGUCAUAGAUAGCAAGAAGAAUCAUCAAUAAUCAAUUAAAGAAGAAGAAGAAGAAGAAAGAAGAAUCAUAUUCAAUAUGACAGGACAAUCAACAAAAUGGAUGAUAGUGGCGGCAGCAAUAUGGAUACAAGCAUUCACAGGCACAAACUUGGACUUCUCUUCUUACUCUUCUCAUCUCAAGUCUGUGCUGGAGAUUUCUCAGGUGCAGCUCAACUAUCUUUCCGUCGCCUCCGAUCUCGGAAAGGCCUUGGGUUGGUGCUCCGGCGUUUCCCUGCUUUAUCUUCCUCUAUGGACUGUCAUGUUCAUCGCCGCGUUAGUCGGAUUCUUCGGUUACGGUCUCCAGUGGCUUGUCCUUCAAAGACUCAUCUCCCUGCCUUAUGCCCUGGUCUUUCUACUAUGUUUAUUGGCUGGCUGGAGCAUCUGUUGGUUCAACACAGUCUGCUUCGUUUUGUGCAUUAAAAACUUUUCCACCAACAGAGCACUAGCCCUAUCUCUCACAUUAAGCUUCAAUGGCCUCAGUGGAGCUCUAUACACCCUUGUGGCCAAUGCAAUAAACCCGAAAAGCGACACCCUUUAUCUAUUCCUAAAUGCCAUGGUCCCGCUCAUCAUAUCCAGCGUGGCAAUCAUCCCCGUAAUCCGCGAACCUCCCCUGAAGCCCCUUCCUGCUAAAGUCACUCGCUGCGAGUCCCUAGUUUUCCUUUGCCUAUACAUACUGGCUGCUAUAACCGGCCUCUAUCUCCUUUUCCUAAAUUUUUUAUCAACUAACGCGCCAAGAGCUCGUUUUCUCCUAGUUGGUGCUAUUUUUCUCCUCACCCUACCCUUUUGCCUGCCUGGUAUUCCAUAUGCUAGGCAUUUGGCGCGUCGAAACAUCCACUUCAGCUCCUCUUCAAAUAAUCUGAGCUUCCAUAUGGAUGACAACAACGAACCUGAGCUCUAUGAGGAACUCAUUGAAAGAGAUGAUAGCAUGCUUGAUGACGUGACCGACAUUAUGUUUGGGGUGGUAGCUAAGGAAGACUGCUUAGGGAAAGUGAUAGAGAAAGAUACAGCAGCGAUGAUGCUAGGAGAAGAGCACCCAGCACGACUACUUGUCCGUUCUUCGGAUUUUUGGCUUUACUACAUCACUUACUUUUGUGGAGGGACAAUCGGAUUAGUUUACAGCAAUAAUCUCGGGCAGAUUUCUCAAUCACUUGGAUACGCUUCUCAAACUAGUUCACUUGUCACGCUCUACUCCUCGUGCUCCUUCUUUGGACGUCUGCUAUCAGCUGCCCCGGAUUUCCUGCGUGACAAGGUCUAUUUCGCGAGGACUUGGUGGCUUGCGGUUGCUCUAGUACCAACACCAAUAGCCUUCUUUUUGCUAGCUGCGUCAGGCAGUGAGGCAGCACUGCGCAUUGGCACGGCCCUGAUUGGGCUAAGCUCCGGGUUUGUGUUUUCUGCAGCAGUUUCAAUCACAUCGGAGCUUUUUGGGCCAAACAGUGCAGCGGUCAACCACAACAUCCUCAUUACCAACAUCCCGAUUGGCUCGCUCCUCUACGGCCUUCUUGCUGCCGUAGUGUAUGAUUCAAAUCAAGGAAGCUCAACCAAGGCAAGCUUAUUGAAAGAAGCAACACUGUGCAUAGGCACAAAGUGCUACUGGCAGACAUUUAUGUGGUGGGGAUGCAUUUCUGUAUUGGGGUUAGUUUCAAGUUUCUUUCUAUUCCUAAGGACACGGUCCGCUUAUGAUCUCCUUGAAAGGGAUCGUAGCCGAACACAAUUCUCAUUGUAGUUCAGGACUCAUCUUGAUACAAUGAGAAACUGCACAUGUUGGAGCCAAUCUUUAAGAUUUGAUUGAAUUCAAGUAAGAAAUAAACACUUAACUAAA